AUGUAAGGUUAACCAAUCCCAUUCAUUGAGUUAAAGGAAAUUUAAACUUAAGAAGGAAUGGAAACUAUUUUUGAAAUUCAUCCUUAGGCAAUUAAGAUGUUACAAUCAAUUGCUGAUAGAAAAGUAUUCGCAUUUAAUGGGAUAUUUAGGUAGCUGUUCUUACAAUUGCAGGUCCAUAAAGAACUGGAAAGUCCUUUUUAGCUAAUAGAGUAUUAAAGAGAUAAAAGGGAUUUGCUGUUGGACCUACAACUAUGCCAUGUACUAAAGGUAUUUGGUUAUGGAGCUAACCAAUUCCAUUAAAUGAAAAUACUUCAAUCUUAUUAAUGGAUACAGAAGGAUUAAAUUCAGUUUAAAGAGACUUGGGAGUUGACACUAAAAUAUUCUCAAUAUCUUUAUUGCUAUCUUCAAUGUUUGUAUUUAAUCAAUUGGGUCAUAUUGAUGAAUAAUCAAUAGAAAAUCUCUCUCUUGUUAUUAAAUUAAGUGAGAACAUUAGUGUAGGAUCUGAGGAUAAAAGUUUGAGUUAGUUUUUUCCAACAUUCCUUUGGGUAUUGAGAGAUUUCUCUCUUGAUUUAAGAGGACGUACUCCAAGUGAAUAUUUGGAAUUUGCACUUUAAGAUCAAUCUAAUCCAGGUCCUGAUGGAGAAAGAAAAAAUCUUAUUAGAAGAAAGAUUAGAGAGUAUUUUAAAUUUAGAGAUUGUAUUUGUAUGGUCAGACCCAUUUAAGAUGAAAAAAGACUUGCAAGAGUUGAAGAAGAGGAUUGGAAUGCCUUAAGACCAGAAUUCAUAUCAGCUGUAUAUGAUUUUGAAAGAAGAGUUUUUAAGAACAUUCCACCAAAAUAAAUUAAUGGUACUUCUUUAACUGCAGAGAUGUUUUUGAAACUUUCUCUUGAAUAUAUAGAUGCCAUUAAUUCUGGAGGAAUACCUUAAAUUUUAACUAGUUUAGAUAGAGUUAUUCAAUAAGAAGCAAGAAAUCUACUUGAAGAACUUAAAAGUCUAUACUUUAAAAAGUAUUAAGAGGCUUUGUCUAAAAUGAAGGCUCCAUUUGAAGAUGAGGAAUUAAUUUAAUUAAAAAAACAAAUUGAAACUGAAAUAUUUUAAAGGUUAGAUUAAAAAUCUAAGGAAAUAAUUGAUAAUUCUAAAAUUGCUAGUAUGAAAACAGAAUUACAUGAUAUGAUGUCUUAGGAUUUAUAAACUAGAUUAGAAAUAAAUAAAGAAUAAUCUACUACAGUAGCUAAUUAAAUUUUAUAGAAAUUUUUUAAUACUUUUCAAGUUCCUGUUUUAGAUAAUGUUGAUAGCAUUAAACCUUCACUAUUAGUAGAGUAAUUUCAAACUUAUAGUCGUUUUUUUAAAUAUUAUAUGGAAAAUGUUAAAGGCCAUUCUAAAUACAAACAUUUUUCUGAAAAAGUGCCUUCAUUUCUAUUUAGUUAUUUUGAAAAACUUAUAUUAAAUGUUUAAAAAGUAUAUAUAGAAGAAAAUAAUUAAACUAAAAAAUAUCUAGUUUAAGCUAGAGAAGGUGAAGAAAGAUUGAGGAAAACUAUUGCAAAUUAAGAAAGCUUAUUAUAUGAAAUAUAAAAGGAAAGAGAUUAGUUAAAAUAUGAAAUUGAAAAUUGGACUAGAGAGACAAAUAAAUAAGAAAAAAUUAAAAGUCUUGAAUUAGAAGCAUGUUAAGCUAAAGUAAUGUCAUUAAGUUAAGAAUUGUAAAAUAAAAAAGAAAAAAAUUAAAAAUUGAAAUAAGAUGUUUAAAAUUUAUAAGAGUAACUUUAAAGAGUAAGAAAUGAACUUAAUGGAAAAAGAGUUGAAUGUUAAUAAUUAUUAAAACGAAUGAAUGAUGAUAAUUAAUCAUACAGAGAACCAGGAGAAGAUGUAUAUAAAUAUCUUUAUUAUUAUUAGAUAUCCAAUGAUUUAGUUUUAUAAUAUAAGGAUAUGAAAUAAUAAGCUCAUUAAAUGAAUGAUUUCUUUAAAAGAAGAGCUAUGGAUCACUCACAAUAAAGUAUCUUCCUCUAAGAAAUUUCUAAAUUAUAAUAAGACAAGUUUAAUGAAAUAAUAAAACUUAGAGAAGAUUAUAAAUAAAAAAAAUUAAAAAUGAAAGAAGAUUUAGAACAAGAAAAGUAUUUAUAUUUUGUAUUUAGAAAAUCUUUGAAGAAUAAUCUAGAACAUUUUAUUAAACAAAAUGAAGAACUAAAAGCUAAAAAUAUUACCUAUUAUGAAAAAUUUGAAUAAGCCCAAAAAAAUUAGUAACAUCUUAAGGUAUUUAUUAAAUCUUAUUAUGGAUAGUAAAUUUAAUAAGAAAACCAAAGAUUAUCUUAAAGAUUGGAAGAAAAAUCAGAAAAUUUAGAUAUGCAUAUCUAAGUCAUUGAAAACUUUACUAAAGACAUUGAAAAAUUGACUAGUAUAAGGGAGGAUCUUGAAUAAAAACUUGCAUUCAUGAAUUCUGAAAAAAGUUAAUUGAUUUCAUUUAAAGAGAGUUUUCCAUAUAUACUAAAGGGUAAUAUUCUAAGUAUUUAUAUUAUUAGAGGCUUUAAAAUGGGUGUUAAAAUAAAAUUCAAAAAUAAAACAUGCCAUGAAAUCAGUUGGUGAAGAAGAGUAAAAGAUAAUUCGCGAUUGUUUUCAUGAAGUUGGAAUAAAUGUGUGA